AUGGGUGUAGCGACGCCGGAACUUUCAUUGCUGUCUAACUUACAGCGUAGCCACAAGGAAGUGGACGUGCGUGUUGAAAACCAUCUCAGAUUUGAGUUUGCCAAACCCAAGGCUCAACGCCGACUUCCUGCGUAUUGUCGGCCUGCGACACAUGGAAUCAUCAAUCACGCCCCCGCGAUCUCUGUGGUUUCUCACACGGGUGAGUCUACGACCACAGCAGCUCAGGGUCAUAACUUGAGUUUAGCUCAUGGCCCUUCGGCUUACUGGGCUACUGCCGAGAAGCGCGAGGCGUACGACGACGCGGAGCGUCAUGAUCUUUCUGAUCAUAAGCGUCCACGACGUCUGGGCAGUCUUGCCGAAAGGGCACCUAAAAUCCCACAAUUGUUUUGGAGAUUGGGUAUCUCUGCCACUUCAGAAGAUAUUGGGUUCGACCCUGUCGACGACGUCGACCCACUAGGCGUUCCACGUGAUAGUGGACGCCAUCAUUCUCAUCGAGAAGAGUCGGCGGCGGACGAUGACGACUUGGUCGAUCGCCGUCCGGUAACUCGUGAUGCUUUUCAAGCUCUGGAGGACAAAGUCCGUCGUCAUCGGCACUCUGCCGAGCAUUUUGCCGAGGUCGCAAACCGCUGGGUGGGAGACCUCGAGAGCUUGAAGCGCUUUUUGCAUUGA